GCGGAGCUGGAGAGGUGGUGCGUGUUGUGUGGAUAGGCAGGGUGCGCGGAUUCCGUCGUCAGUCCGAGCGGUGCCGUCUCCCACCGGCGGAUUUUCUCUCGCCGCGCCAUGGCGCUGCGCGUGCUGUUGCUCGCCGCCUUCACCACCCACACCGUCGCAGCCUACUUCGAAAGCGACCUGCGCGAGCUGUGCGCCGCCUCGCGGCAGCCGCAGCUGCUGCUGACGUCACGCGGUCCCCGCUCGGCGGCGCUGCUGCACCUCUCCGACCAGCACCGCGACCGCUGCGUGCUGUCCGUCGCCGUGCCCUACAUGCACCAGCUGGCCCUCAGGCUCUUCCUGCAGCCCGAGCCGCCGCCCCCUGGCACCAUAUGCCCGCUCAGCAUCGUACGCGAUGACGACGGCGCGCUGCUGCCGCUGUGCUCGUCUGACGGCAUCCCGCUGGAGAGACUGCGCGGCCGCCAGGUGUCUCUGCUGUGGGCGCCGCCCGCCAACGAGACGGCCGUCGCCGCCGGCUGGGCGCCCACAGAGCUGCUCAUCACCGCCCUCAGCAGAGGCCGCAGCUGCGCGUCGCCGCAGCUGGUGACGUGUCGCGGCCGCACCCGGCGCGCCUCGCUGUGCGUGUCCCGCGCGCUCGCCUGCGACGGCUACAGCAACUGCCCGCGCGGAGAGGACGAGGCGCCCGACGUGUGCGCCGCCGCCGCCGCCUCCACCGACGCGCCGCCCCCGCACGCUGGCCGUGACGCGCUGAGCAGCGUGCUGGCCGAGUACAGCCCGUGGGGGUACCUGAUGCUGGCGAUGCUGGUGACGGGCGCGCUGCUGCUGCUGUGCGGCCUGUGGGAGUGCUGCCGGCGGAGGGGCGGCGGGGGCGGCCCGCUGCCGCCGCCGCCGCCCUACGAGUCGCUGGACCAGCCGCCCUGCUACGACCAGCUGUUCCCCGCCGCUAAGGAGAGCAUCGCGUAG